AUGAGGAGUGAGGUUCGGAUUGGGUUCGGAGGAGCAACGGAACACCCCACUUGCUACCAAACUGUCAAAUCCGUGUCUUCUGAGGUACUGAGAACGUACAAGUUGACUCAGCCUAGCGCCAACGCUUGCGUUCAGCGCAGCACUAUACUGGCGGCCACCCAGAACUGUUCACGUACAGGAAUAGGAAGAAGCCACUCAGCGAAUGACACGUUUACGCCCCGCAUGCCCCGGACUCUUCUCAACCGAUCACGAAACUCGAGGGAAACGAUCACGGGAGGUGACUUGGUUGUAAGGCUGUCUCAUACCUAUCAAAAAGACAUCACCCCUUCUGGAUCCAACGUCUACUCUUUCUGGCAGUGUGCUUGUGCUUGUGCUCCGUCGCAGACGCCCGGGUCACGACAUGCCCAAAAGACCGUUAGUGGGUCGCGAGAAACUGUGUUCAACAGGAUCUUUGACGAAGGAAGGGUCAAGGAAUUAGACCACUUUGAGAGCAUAACCGUUGAAUUGGUAGCGCAGCGAGAUAAUCGUUAUGAUCAAGUACCUGCAAGUUCCGAUGGUUUAAUUCAUCUCAUACAAAAAUUCGGAUCACCCACUAUUCACAACUCUGUCCGGUGGGGAGGCGGUCGCCAUGAUGUCGUGCUAGGCACACCAUCGGCCGUAGCCCGUAGGCCGUGGACUCCCGUGGGGGGUGACAGGCCGCCGCCACCUCCAUGCUCAGCAUCGGUUUUACGCACCGGGGUGCCGUUGGGGUCAAGAUGGGAUGGCCUCGUCCCACCAGCGAAGCUGAGGAAAAGAAACGGGGUGGAUGUUCACGAUCGAGACAAGAAGCAGGCUCCCUGGACGCACGCCUGA